GGCGGAGGGGCGGCGGCGGCGGCGGCGGCAUCGUCCUCGGCGGGCCAGGCCCGGGCCCGGGCCCAGGCCCAGCCCCAGCGUGUCGGGGCGGAGGCGGCCAUGGCGGGCAACUUCGACUCGGAGGAGCGGAGCAGCUGGUACUGGGGGCGGCUGAGCCGGCAGGAAGCGGUGGCGCUGCUGCAGGGCCAGCGGCACGGGGUCUUCCUGGUGCGGGACUCGAGCACCAGCCCCGGGGACUAUGUGCUCAGCGUCUCGGAGAACUCGCGCGUCUCCCACUACAUCAUCAACAGCAGCGGCCCGCGCCCGGUCGCCGCCGCCGCCGCCCCGCCGCUGCCCCUGCCGCCGGCUGCCGCGCAGCCUGGGCCCGGGCUGAACCCCUCCAGACUCCGAAUAGGAGAUCAAGAAUUUGAUUCAUUGCCUGCUUUACUGGAAUUCUACAAAAUACACUAUUUGGACACUACAACCUUGAUAGAACCUGUUGCCAGAUCCAGGCAGCAUAGUGGAGUAAUUCUUAGGUCAGAGGAGGCAGAGUAUGUGCGAGCUCUCUUUGACUUUAAUGGGAAUGAUGAAGAAGACCUUCCGUUUAAGAAAGGAGACAUCUUGAGAAUCCGGGAUAAGCCUGAAGAGCAGUGGUGGAAUGCAGAGGACAGCGAAGGCAAGAGGGGAAUGAUACCUGUCCCUUACGUCGAGAAGUAUAGACCUGCUUCCGCCUCAGUAUCAGCUUUGAUUGGAGGUAACCAGGAUAAUUCCCACCCACAGCCACUGGGUGGGCCGGAGCCUGGGCCCUAUGCCCAACCCAGCGUCAACACUCCGCUCCCUAACCUCCAGAAUGGGCCCAUUUAUGCCAGGGUUAUCCAGAAGCGAGUCCCUAAUGCCUACGACAAGACAGCCUUGGCUUUGGAGGUCGGUGAGCUGGUAAAGGUCACGAAGAUUAAUGUGAGUGGCCAGUGGGAAGGGGAGUGUAAUGGCAAACAUGGGCACUUCCCGUUCACGCAUGUCCGCCUGCUGGAUCAACAGAAUCCUGAUGAGGACUUCAGCUGAGUGUAGCUCAAGUUUUGCUGACAGAUGGGAACAGUCUCAGUUUGUUUUUUUCCAACUGCCAUCUAUACAGUUUUCCUACUGAUGUCAAAAGCAGUAUCGUUUAUAUAAGCAUUGUUACCCAUGAACUCCUGGGACUGAACUACUCCAUGCCUAACCUUGGUUCAAAAAUAUUCAGGGUACGAAACUGGAUGGCUUCUGGGUCAACUUAUAAAAUCACUGAUCAUGGAUGGUAACGGCUGUUGGUGUCAGGCAUAUGAUUCCACCCUGCCUGGGUAUUGUGUAAAGGAGAGAAAGCAACAUCACUCUAUGUUCAACACGGAGUUGUGGGUUUUUUCCCCAGACCGGUCAUGUAAAUUAAGUGGCUUGUUCCUUUACUGUCUCAGGCAAAACAAAUCAACUGUAGGAAAAUUGAUGGACAGGUAGGAGUGUUGCACCCUGGUUAUUAUCCUUUAUUUUGUGGUUUUGUGUUUUCAUUCUCAAUCCGUACCAUAAAUGCCUAUAGACUGUAUUUUUUCAUCAUGAAGAAAUUGUGCACAGUGUGAUUAAGAACUUUAAAAAAGGUUACCCUGCCCAUUGGUAUGGCUUUAUAAUUUACAGAAAAUGACCACUGUAAGACAUACUCUGACAUUGCAGAUCCUAAGAAUUUUGAGGACACUACUCGAGGCAUAUGUCUUCCUUUCCAGUCAAUGCUUCUUAUUUUUUCUUAGGAUCAAUUCAACAUUAAAUUUGUUCUGCUAACACAUAGCAUUCUUUUUCUCCCUAAACCUACAUAUAUAUGUAACUUAAGAGAGCUGUAGGUUUAAGAUCCAGUUGUGAAGUAGAAUGUGCAGAGCACUAGACUCCUUAGCUUCAAGCUAGUAUUUUACUCAGUGGAUAGACAGGCCUUGUCCUCCUUCCAAAGGGGAAGAAAAAAGGCGCCAGGUGUCAGGGACUUCACUUACCCAGUCAGGACCCAGGGGAAGUCUCUUGAAUUCUUGUGUCCAGUCUUUGGAGUGGAAAGACCAAUCACUUAUGACUAUUCCAUGACAGGUUUGGGGCCAGGUGUAGUCUGCUGCUUCUGUGUAACCAGCGUUCAAGGCAGCAGGCUUCAGUGCUUGGAGCGGUGCUUCUGAACCAAUCUUCAUGACAGCAUGUGGAUGAGCCAUCCAUUAUGCACGGGUCACAUCUGGUCUCAAAGUAGCUCACCCUGUAAACUGGCUGUCGUCAACUGUCUUUGUUUGUCCUUAUGUGCAGAUGUAGCUUAUAAACCUUACUGACCAUGAGCUUGGUGAUUCUCUUGUGGGGCAAGGUGUUCCAUGUGCAGAGGUAUGACCAAAAAUGUUUUGGAACAGUUCCUGGGCACAAAGCCAGAAUGUGGUGCUUGGUACUCGGAGGGGCCUAAGAAGUGCUUGUUGAUUGAUCAGGAGGCUUUUCUAAAGGUGUGUGCCAGAGACACCAUCCCAUCCCCCCCCAGAAUGGGAUUUUACAGUGUUUCCCCUGAGAAGACUCAAGUGCUUCCAGGUUUAGUUCCUUGUUCGAGGGACAUGAGUUGAAGCCAGUGGAGGACAAUCGAUGCCCACUUGUCCCUGCUUAAUUGCCAGGAACAGUGGUGUGGAUAACAUAAAAACAUUUAUAUUUGGCUUUGUAACACUCGUUUUAUUACAUGUUUUAAUUGUUUACCUUCCUAAUCAUGUUUUCAUAAGUUAAUGAGAGAAGAGCUUGUGAUCACUGAGCAUGCCAAAAGAUGGUGGAGGGAAAGCCAGCAUUCCAGAAUCAUGCGUUAGUGAGAGAAUCCAGGGCAAAUAGAUGAGUGGGCUGUAAUGAAGAUAAUAGUUUGACCUCACACUACAGUAAAACUUGAGAGACCUUUCAUCUUCAGCUUUUCUUGAUGUGUAGCACAGUGCUAUGCACACAGGUACUCAGUAAAUGACUGAAUUACUAGAUUGAACUCAUUUUGUUCUGCUUUGUCUUAAUUGGUUAGUCCGGUUUCAGUGAAUGAGCACAGAUUGUUAAAAACCUAAAUGCGUAUUAACUCAGUGCUGUUUCCCUGAAAGUAUGCUAUUUGAAAUCUUUGUGGAAAAAACUGUCAGACCCAAUGGGGAAUUUUGUAUUUUGCUUUUGCAUUUGACUUUCAAAUUGGCUUGUAAUAGUUCUAGAACAUUGUUACCUGUUAAAUUAUCGAGACCCACAUUUUUGCCCAAAUCAUGAGCAUUUUUAAUGGUUGAUUGUCUAUGACCAUAAAAGCAGGGAUUCUUCUAUUGGAGCAUUAAGAUUUGGUUGUACAUGGGCAGUUGCUGGACCUUAAGAAAUCAAAUGUCUUCUAUAAAUAUUCUCUGGAAGCAAAAUAUUCAUACACUAUUUAAUUGCAAAUGUGCAUUACAUCACAGAGCAAAAGUAAACCUAAAUUGGCUGCUAUGUUUUAUAUAAUCUCCUUUUAGCAAAGCCCAUUCUUUCAAUAUUAAUGUUUGACAUGAUUAAUUCUGGUUAAUUUGUUGGAAUUCUUGUUAAUAAUGCAAAUAGAUCAUUUUUAAUUAUCCUUUAGUAACAUUUCACUUUUAAUGUUUUGGAAAGGGUGAUAAGCAAACCAAUUUGAAACAAAAUAUAAACAUAUGCCAUUGUAUUAUAACACUAUACACUUUCUUGACAGUUAAAAUCUUUUUUUAAAAAUUUUUUUUGUAGCAUGUAAUGUAUAUGUUUAUAUAUGUAGUAAAUAAAAAUAUGGCCAAAUGAUUGGCUUGGUGA